CCACUUGACGUAAUAGAACAUUAUAUGCAACAACUCUCGUCUAAAGCUGACCAGUGUACAACCUAAGAGGCUCAAAGGGUGAUAUAAUUUAUACUCUACCUUCAGCCACAUUUUGAAAGACAGCAAUUUAGUCCGAAAACAGUGCUCGAAGUCUGAGCAAACUUUGACGAGCAUGUCGGACGCAGACCAAGCUAGCAAGGCCUUGGCAAUAUCAGACUGAAGGGCCUGCUUGACAACGAGAAAGCCUUCCAAGUAAAAAAGGAGAAAGAGCACUCUAAACGUUUGGCCAAGGUGCAAGAGGAGCUGGUCAAGCUGAAGUCCUUUGCCCUGAUGUUGGUCAAUGAGCGUCAACAACACCUGAGGCAAAUGGACCUACAAAGCCAGCGUGUUCAGGAACUGAGCCAGCAGCUUCAGCAGCAGAAGCAGAUCGUGAUUGAAGCCAGGGAGCACGCUCAAGAGGAUGCCCACAGGGUCCUGAGCUUAGAGGCUGAGCUUAAAGAGAAAACUGCCACUCUCGCUCAGCAGCAUGAAGAGAUGAAUGCUAAGCUGGCCAGUCAGGAGCUCCUCAACCGUCAACUCAAUUCUAAAAUUCUAGAGCUUAUGCAUACAGUAGAUGAGGUAGAGGAGAGCAACAAGGCAUUGAGGAAAUCAGAAGAGGAAUUGCAGGAGAUAAGAGACAUAAUUGGCAAAGGGGAGUGUGCAAACUCCAACUUAAUUGCAGAACUAGAGAAUUUAAGGAAGCGUGUCCUGGAAAUGGAAGGAAAUGAUGAGGAGAUCAUCAGAACAGAAAAUCAGUGCAAGGAGCUCAGGAAGAAGUUACAAGAGGAGGACAACAAAAGUAAAGAACUUAGGCUGGAGGUGGAGAAACUCCAGAAAAGAAUGAUAGAAUUAGAGAAACUUGAGGGUGCCUUCAACCUCAGCAAGAAAGAGUGUGCUCAGUUACACGCUGCUUUAGAAAAAGAGAAGUGCCUGACCAAAGAGCUCUCUGAUGAAGUUGUUACACUCAAGAUCCGAAUGAAAGAGCUGGAAUCCUCUGAACUCAAAUUAGAAAAGUCUGAGCUAAACUUGAAGGAUGACUUAGGUAAGCUGAAGUCCCUGACUGUAGCUUUAAUGGAGGAACGAAAGACUCUUGUGGAAAGAAUGACAUCCGGUGAAAAGACAAAGGAGGAUUUGAGUACGAUGGUCAAAGCUGAGCAAAGGAAGGUUAUGGAGGUGACUGAGAAAUGGUCUGACUUUGAUCUGUCCUGAACAAAGCAGAGUCCGUGGAAAAUGUCUAAGGGUUGGAAUUUGGUAGGUUGGUGCCAGUGGCUCUGAUAAUGCCUUUGGAAACGUGCCACAGCAACAUGGGCUCCCAAAGCUGAAAAUACUCAAUGCACCCCAGACGGGCCUCACCCUGCAAUUUUAGGCAACAAAAAUGUUGGGUUAUUUUCCUGUCUUUCAGCUACUAAUGUUUUUUCCCCUCUUCCCAUAUAUCCUGUUUGUUUGUGUGCACAUGUAUGCACAUUAUAUGUGUACUUUUCUUUCCUUCAUCACAGUCUCUGUUUUGGCUUUUAUUAGAAAAGAGUGACACUUAAAUACAGGAAGUCAUGACAAGCAAACAACAUAUUCUAAGUGUCAACAAGUAAAAGAUAUGGUGGGAAUCAAUGAUCAGUACAGGUGGUCCUCGGGUUACAUACCACUUCUGUAUGUAGUUCCUACACUGUAUUGUAAAUUGAGUCACAUCUUAAACUGAAAUUAACUCCUAAGUCGCUCACUAUACACAGAACACAUAAACCACAUGAAAUACUGUAAUAAAACACUAGAUACAAGAAUGAAAUCAAACAGAAAUAGAGUAAUCAAAUCUAAUAAGAAAUAAAU